AUGCAAUACAACGACCAAAACAGAGAUGUGCUCAAGGCACCUCGAUACGAGAUCCUCGCUCUCAUCCUGGCCCUCACGAUCUCAUCAAUAUUAGCUACCUACAGGGGAGCCAGAGCAUUUCCAUCAGCCAUUACAGUGCACAAGCGUCUUUCUCAGCUACUCAAUGGUUCCGGGGUGUUCGAGCAGCAGAGGAUUGAUGCUGAGAACCCACUUGAUCCGAUUUCACAGGAGCAAUAUCAACGGGUGUCUCUCAUCCUGUUCAAGACUUUGGUUCACUUGAAUGCUCUCCUCAUCACCCACCUUUCAAUGUGGCCUCUCUUCCACUAUCUCGACCCCGCCGCUCUCGACGUCCGAAUCCCCUCAUCGCAGAUUAUAUGGGAUUCGAUUACAGACGGUAAACAGCAAGAGUCCGACUAUGGCAAUUUGACCGUAGGGAGCUUGUUUGUCGGCGAGACAAGUAGCCCUACCUACCAAGCAUUGACAUCAUUAGCCGCGUGGGAUUUUUCAACCGGCAUGAUUCUUGGGUGCUUCGUCAACAGGCAGCCUGGAGAAUCUCUCUCGCAAACAAUGCAUAGAGCUGCUGCAAAACGCCACGUGCUGAACGAGUUCAUGACCUACAACUUCAGAGGCGGCGGCAUUGUUGGAAUGGACACGUUCAACUUCGUGGGAUUGCGCAUGAUCUUCGACGAGCCGAUGGAGUGUCGGAGCGCCGAGUCAAAGGCCUCCGCCGAGGGCAUCCAGCACGACCGCGACUAUGAGUUCAUGUGCGAAACUCAAUUCCACAGCAACGGCAGCGACGAAACCUUUAACACGAUGUAG